UUUUUAAAUGGUCUAAAUUUAUAAAGUAAAAUGUCAAAAAGACUAAACUGUCAAUUAAGCCGAAACGAAGCUCACCGUCGCCGGUGCAAAGAAGAGAAAAUGUCAGAUGAUCGCAGUUUCAAUCCAAUCAGAAUCCAACGAAUGUCUCUAUGCUUCUCCGGAACCAAACUCCAAAGACUUCGCGAGAAGAAAGAAGAAAACGCACAGACGAUUUUCCAUUUUCUAAAUAUAGAAACACAAUCCUGCGAGAAAAUUGGAUCUCCAAUGGAAGAAAAAGAAAAAGAAAAUGAAUCUCAAACAAUUUCUUCCCACUGGAUGCGACCAUUUCAAACCCUACCUGUUGUCUCUCUCCGGAAUCGAAACCCAGAAAUUUUUUCUCCAGGAACAGAGGUUUUGAUUUGCUGUAGUCGAAUACCAGAAUGAUCUAAUUGGAGAAGAGAACGUCCGAGAUCGGAAGCGCCAUCGGAUCGGUACCGUUUGAAUAUCUCGGAGAUCAACUCUGGCAUCUAUGUUCCCCAUUGUCACAAAAUGUUCGAUUGUGGUGGAUACAAGUCGCAGUACAUCGCCGGUCACAAGGAGAAAUUCGUGAGGUUAGAUGAUUUGGAUUCAAAUUUGUCAAUGCCCUCCGGAACAAGCAAGAUGAAGAAAUGCCGAUUCAACCUAGAAGGCCUCCCACUGCCAUUCAUCAGCCGAUCGAAGCCUCGAAAUGCGUCGAAAUCGUUCCGAAGGGGAGUCCAAAUGAGCUCUGACGGAAUCAUAACCCUAGGUCGGUCGCUCCGCUCCGGCGUGUCUAAAGUCAUCUUCCCGGAGGAUCUGAAAGUAUCGGAACAGAAAAUCUUCGAUCCGCAGGACAAAUCGCUCCUCUUCUGGAAUAAGCUAUUCGUGUUGUGCUGUAUCCUCGCCGUCUCUGUCGAUCCGCUCUUCUUCUACCUCCCCGUGUUCAACCAUGCCUCUUACUGCCUCGGAAUGGACACUCAGCUCGCCGUCACGACCACCACCGUGCGUACGGCCAUUGAUGUUUUCUACUUGAUUCGCAUGGCGUUUCAGUUCCGAACGGCUUACAUUGCGCCGUCGUCGAGGGUGUUUGGUCGCGGCGAGCUUGUGAUCGAUCCGACGGAGAUCGCGCAGCGGUAUCUUCAGCGCUACUUUAUCGCUGAUUUUCUCUCUGUUCUUCCUGUUCCUCAGGUGGUGGUGUGGAGGUUUCUUCACAGGUCAAAAGGCUCAGAAGUUUUGGCCACAAAACAAGCAUUGUUAAACAUAGUGUUUCUUCAGUAUAUUCCCAGAUUUGUUAGAUUUAUACCUUUGAACAUAGAGCUUAAGAAGACAGCAGGUGUUUUUGCUGAAAGUGCUUGGGCUGGUGCUGCUUACUAUCUCCUCCUGUACAUGCUCGCCAGUCAUAUAGCAGGAGCAUUCUGGUAUUUGCUGGCAGUGGAGAGGAACGAUACAUGUUGGCGCCAAGCAUGCAAAAGCACCGGAAAGUGCAACAUUAACUUUUUGUAUUGUGGGAAUAAGCACAUGUCCGGGUAUAAGGAGUGGAGAAAUAUAAGCGUCGAUGUUCUCACUAAGAAAUGCACCGCCAUCGGAGACAAUUUACCUUUCAACUAUGGCAUUUACACUCAGGCCAUUUCCUCGGGCAUUGUUCAAUCCAGGACUUUCUUCUCCAAGUUCUGCUAUUGCUUGUGGUGGGGCUUGCAAAAUUUAAGUACACUCGGUCAGGGGCUGCUCACCAGUACCUAUCCUGGGGAGGUUAUCUUUUCUAUCCUAAUUGCAAUUUCUGGGCUCCUCCUUUUUGCGCUCUUGAUUGGAAACAUGCAAACAUACCUUCAAUCUCUAACCGUCCGACUUGAAGAGAUGCGCAUUAAGAGGAGAGACUCUGAGCAAUGGAUGCACCAUCGACUGCUUCCGCCAGACUUGAGAGAAAAGGUUAGGCGCUACGAUCAGUACAAAUGGCUAGAAACCAGAGGCGUUGAUGAAGAGAGCUUGGUUCAAAGUCUGCCUAAAGAUCUUAGGAGAGACAUUAAACGACAUCUCUGUCUCAAUUUGGUUAGAAGGGUCCCUUUAUUUGCAAACAUGGAUGAGCGUCUACUAGACGCAAUAUGCGAGAGGCUGAAACCAACAUUAUACACAGAGAACACAUACAUCGUACGAGAAGGCGAUCCAGUCGACGAAAUGCUCUUCAUAAUCCGUGGCCGUCUAGAGAGCGUCACAACCGACGGCGGCCGUAGCGGCUUCUACAACCGCGGCGUAUUAAAAGAAGGCGAUUUCUGUGGUGAAGAGCUUUUAACAUGGGCUCUCGACCCCAAGUCCGGCUCCAACCUCCCCUCUUCCACUCGCACUGUCCAUGCCCUCACCGAGGUUGAAGCCUUCGCCUUAGAAGCCGAGGAGCUCAAGUUCGUGGCCAGCCAGUUCCGGCGCCUGCACAGCCGGCAGGUUCAACACACCUUCAGAUUCUACUCUCAGCAAUGGCGAACCUGGGCAUCGUGUUUUAUACAGGCGGCGUGGCGGCGGUACUUGAAGCGGAAGAUUGCGGAGCUGCGACGGAAGGAGGAGGAGGAAGAAGAUGCUGCGGCGGUUGCAGCUGCAUUUAACACGUCAAGGCUCGGGGCUACGAUUUUGGCGUCGAGAUUUGCGGCAAAUGCGCUUAGAGGGCAUCGAUUGAGGAAUAUGAGUGGGAGGAGCUUGAUUAACUUGCAGAAGCCGGCGGAACCUGAUUUUUCUGUGUAUAAAGGAGAGUAAAGUCAAUUAAAUGUAAUGUAAAGGGUCCUUUUUAAUUUCUCUCUCUUCUACACACAUAUGGUGGCUUCUUUCUAAACGCCCCUAGCUUUUAAUUAUGUUAUAUAUAUGGUUAAAUUAUAUCAAUGUGCAUUCUUUUUUUUCUUUUUUUA